AUGCCCAACCCCCUGCGCGAAAAGUCAAAUGGUCGACUCGUCCUCACUGUUCCCCUAAUAAUCUUCAUGGACGAUGUCUCUGGGAAUGUGUCGAAGCAGUGGAACAAACACCACGCGGUGUACAUGUCUAAUGCCUCCAUGCCGCGCGAGAUGCUUGAAAAGGAAUUCUGUGUUCGUUUUGUGUCAUCCUUGCCGCAUGCUUCACCCAUGGAGAUCGCCAAAGCCGUCAAAGAAUCAAUCGAGGCUGCCGCGGAUGAGGGCAUUGUUGCGUACAACUGCAAAUACAAAGAUGAGGUGAUGCUCAUCCCCUAUGGCCUAUUUGACGCAGGAGAUAACCCCAUGCAGGCGGAAGAGUGUAGCCACGGCGGUUUACACUGCAAUUACUUCUGUCGCACAUGCAAAGUAGGAGGUACGAUGUCUGUGAAACAGUCUGAUGAAGGGUAUCUUAAAUUAUUCGAGAUUGGAGAGCUUCGUCGACCAGAAGAAACAAUUCAGCAGAUUCUCGAGCAGAUCAAGCUUUCAAAGUUGUCGGGUGGAACUACGAAAGUCCAGGCUGCUGUCUCGUCGACUGGCACCCGUGACACUACCUCCGCAUCAAUUGUGAACCGCCUCCUGGAACUUGGGAAGCGUCUGCGGAAACGAGAACCUGGGAAACCGGCGAUCAACGAACGAGAGGUCCGACAGACAUUGGAGAGGGAGUUUGAGAAAAUGCUGGGUGGUCUCCCCGUGGAAGAUCAUAUCAACCCUUUGCUUAGCAUGACAGGGCUCAACAUACAUCAAGACACGCCGACAGAGAUUCUCCAUACCAUUCUCCUUGGUGUUGUGAAGUAUUUUUGGGGUCAGACUAUCUGGAUCCUCGACAAAACGCACCUCGUCAAGAUAUUCCAAACCAGAUUGGACAAUAUCAACAAAGAUGGCCUUAAUUCACCCACUCUUGGCGCAGAGUAUAUCUGUCGGUACAGCGGUAGCCUGAUCGGCAAACACUUUAAGAGUCUUGCUCAGAUCAUGCCUUUUCUUAUAUACGAUCUUGUUCCGUCUACUGUCCUGAAUGGAUGGACCGUCAUUGGACAGUUGGUGGUCUUGCUGUGGCAUACGAGAAUUGAUGAUGUUGAGGAAUAUCUGGUACGCCUUCCCCAACCCUGA